AUGACUUUAUCGAGUUUACUUUCUCCUAAAAAAUUUGUAUCAAAAUCAAAAUCAAAAGAUAGACAACAACAAGAGUAUAAUAAUUUUUUACAUCCAAAUGAGGGUGGUGGUGGUGGAGCUACCAAUAAUAUAUCUAGUCCCAAAUAUACUUCACCAAAAAGACCUAGCUCACCCCUCGCUAAUGAAACAAGCUAUGAAAGUUUAAAAGACCAAAUCAAUAAAAAUUUUUAUACUAUAUCUGAUAAAUCAAGUUCUUCGGAGAAUAAUAGAUCUAGAUCUAGAAGUUUUUCUGCGGAAAAUAGUUUUUCGCAUAAAAAAAGUUUAUCAGACAAGAUUAAAAUUACGCCAAGUUCUUUUGUUAGAAAGCUGAGAAUUUAUUCAGAUACUGAUGGUGAUGGUGAAGUUGAAGUUGAUGUUGAUUCCCAACGUUCUAUUGGUUCAGGUGUUUCAGGUGUUUCAGGUGUUUCAGGUGUUUCAGGUGGGGGUUCAAUUUUAUCAGGAAGAGCUUUAUUAGCUCAAACUAAGCAUCAAUUGGAAAAUUUAUCUCCAGAAUUUGUUCCCAUUGUUAGUUUAUUAAAUGCUCAAAAAUUAAGAACCUAUUGUAUUGGAUCUUUUCAAAUUCCUGGUAUUAUAGGUCUUGAAAAAGUUUGGAUUGAAGUUGACGCAAAAUUAACUGGUAAUGAAUUAAGUAUUUGGAGACCUUCAAAUGAUCAAUAUAUAACGGAUGAUGGAAAUGAUGAAUUUAAACCAAAAUAUGUUAAUUUAAUAGAUUGUAAUAUUGAAAUUUCAAAAUUUGAUUUACAAAUUAAAAUAUUUCAAGAUUAUAGAGAUGAUAUUGCUAUGAUUAUUAAAUGUCAUAAUUUAAUAGAAUUUAAUAAAUGGUGUUCAUCGAUAUAUUUAUCAAAAUUUGAAUAUUUAAAAUUAAAUGAAGCUUAUACUGCAGUUAUAUUAUCUUCAAAAGGUUCAAAAUUAUCUGAUAUUCAUGUUUUAUUAAAUCAUAAAAAAAGAUUUCAACAUUCUGAAUGGUGUAAUAUUAGAUUACCAGAAAUUUCAAGUAAAUGGUUAAAAGUUUUUCUUGUUGUUUUACCUUGUGAUAAUAAACAUUUAGGUAGAAUUGAAAUUUAUUCAAGUGAUAAAAAAUUAAAUCAUAAACAUUUAAUUGGUUAUAUAAAUGUUUUAACUAAUAUUUUCAAUGUAUAUCCAGAACAAUCAAAUUUAAUAGAUUAUAAUUCAAUAAUGAAUGCACAAGGUGAUAUUUAUAUAAACAAAAAUUUUGAACAUUUAUUUCCAUAUCAAGAAUCAACAUCAUCAUCAUCAACAAAUGAUGCUAGGAAAUUAAUUGGUAAGAAUUUUGAUUUUGAUAAUACAAAUGAUUCAAUAUCUAGAUCAAAUUCAGUAAACUCUUUUACUUCAUUAUCUAGUUCAACUUUACAAUCACCAAAGACAAGAUCAAGAUCAAGUUCUUUAAAUUCAACCCUGUCAUUUUUCAACAACUCUCCAAAACAACAUAAUUCUUCAAUUUCAAGAAAUAGAUCUUUAUCUCAAACUUCAGAUUAUUCAAAAACUCAUCAAGAACAUAAACGUACAGUUUCUCCAUUUUUUAAAAAACAUGCUGAUUCAUUUGCUUUAACUCAUGCUUUAUAUAUAAUGCCAAUACCACAUCCUGGUGUAAAUGCAAUUGAAACAAUGAUUAGAAAUUAUAUACCCAUUAUUGAUUCAUUUAAAUUAUAUGGUAGACCAAAAAUGUUAAUAUCAAAUAAAUUAGAUCCCCAAAGUUUAUUAUUUGGUUUACCUUCAUUACCACAUUAUCAGUAUUUAUCAUCAAUUGAAGCAGAAGAAAAUUUUGCAAACUAUAAAAAUAGUGAAGAAGAAAAAUAUGAAUAUGAAUAUGAAUUCAUUAUAAAUUCAAUUACUCAGCAAACAAAUUAUAAAGGAUUUGGUGAUAUUGCAAAAUUAUAUGAUAAUUUAGAAUUAAAUUUUGAUGAAAUUUCAUCUCCUGUAUUAAAAUCAGACAAUAAUGAAGGUAAUUUAUUAGGUGAUCCAAUAGAUUUAAAUGAUAGAAGAACAACGGGUAGUCCAAUCAAUGUUAUAGCAUGA